CCCCCUGAGAAUGCACAUACUAUACCCUGCACGCUACUUCAUCCAAUCUUCGGAACAUUCAUAGAUGACUGCGAAAAUCUUGAGCCAACGCCAGACGACAACAAGUUGGCUAUGACAUUGUCGGCGGUUAUGUCCGGCUUCUUCACGGACGAGACAGCACGAGCUUCCAGAUUUCGUGAAAUCCUGCAAGAGCACAAUAUCGGCAUGAUGGGCACCACAAUUGAUGGCACCGCAUACGGCCCUGACGGCGACAUACAACACAAAGGUUUCCGUUAUGCAAUUGCCGAAGUCAAGAGCGAGUUAGGGUCCACGCCAGCCGAACCCCACAUGCAGGCUAUUUUAUAUUAUAUACGUUUCACCGAGUCUUUUGCGAAGGCCAAGCCUACAUUUAGGUUUCCAUGUAUAAUAAUCACUCUAUUUGGUCCGCACAUCGAUUUCUCAGCCGCUGUUUGGAGCAAUCGUCCGAACAUGCAGGUAAUUUCGACUGCUUUACCUCUCUUUCAUCACCCCACCGAUAGCAAAAUGCGUGCGAUGGUCGCUCGGCACAUUGGUGCGCUCAGGAAAGCUCUUCGGUCCCUCUUGGCAUGUUACCAGGGUAUGACGUCCCCUUCUCUUGAUCAAGACCUCGAAUUUCUGGACUCUAAAUUUCAAGAUCCCAUGUUUCCAUACCCGUAUUCUUUCACUUGCAUCGAGACAUCGUUGACGUGUGAUUUCACGUACUACAAUCAAAUGGAUCAUUCCAGAUUACUCUUUUCUGCCGUCAAGACGACCGAUGACAAGACACUCUGCAUCAAGUUUGUCCGUCGCUACUCUAAGGAAGUACAUCAACGAUGUGCUUCGGAUGGCUUCGCUCCAGCACUUCUGGGCUUCGAACAGCUACCAGGCGGAUGGUACAUGAUUGUGAUGGAGAUGAUCACGGAUGAUUACUGUCGUCUCCAGGAAAUUACCGUUCCUUACCCUCAUCACGAUGCGCUCGCUACAGAACUCCAGUCUCUUCAUCGAGGAGGUUAUGUUCACGGAGACAUCCGGGACACAAAUAUUAUAGUAAAAAAGGACUGCAGCCCUGGAUUCAUGUUGGUGGAUUUCGACUGGUCCGGAACGAUAGGCGAAACACGAUACCCAAUGAACGUAUAUCAAGGAGAACGUCUCUGGAGACCUGAUGGAGCGGAAGACGGACAGUUGAUCCUGGCCGAACAUGAUAUGCAGAUGUUGCACGCCAUAUUUCCAAAAGGCACCUUUGUUUGA